UAUUUUCAAAAUGGAAGUAAUUGUAUAGUUUUGGAGGGUAUCACAAGAUCAACAUUUAUACGUCUUCUGAACACUCCUUUACCGACUAUCGAUGUACUGUACCGAUCAAGGAAUAUUAUUACAAACUUGCAUGCAUCUGCAAGGCGAAAACCAGGCACGAUGAGUGUUUCGAUCGGCGAUAAGAUUGAGGACUUUAAGGUCCUCACCCUCCUUGGGAAAGGCUCCUUUGCAUGUGUUUACCGGGCCAAAUCUAUGAGGACCGGUCUGGAGGUUGCUAUCAAAACGAUUGACAAAAAAGCAAUGCACAAAGCUGGUAUGGUCCAGCGUGUGACAAACGAGGUGGAGAUUCAAUGCCGAUUGAAACAUCCUUCUAUUCUCGAGCUGUAUAACUACUUUGAGGACAGCAACUAUGUGUACCUGGUGUUGGAGAUGUGCCACAACGGAGAGAUGAGUCGGUACCUAAAAGAGCAGGAAACGGCAUUCGCUGAGGAUGAAGCACGACAUUUCAUGCAUCAAAUAUUGAAAGGAAUGCUGUACUUGCAUACCCACGGCAUAUUGCAUCGAGACCUGACCUUGUCUAACCUUUUGCUGACGAGCAGCAUGAACAUUAAGAUUGCAGACUUUGGGCUGGCCACUCAGCUCAAACUCCCAACUGAAAAGCACUUCACCAUGUGUGGGACGCCCAACUACAUCUCCCCAGAGGUGGCCACUCGAAGCGCUCACGGUCUUGAAUCGGACGUCUGGUCGCUGGGAUGCAUGUUCUACGCAUUCCUGAUGGGUCGCCCUCCGUUUGACACGGACUCAGUGAAGAACACUCUGUCUAAAGUGGUUCUCGGGGAGUAUGAUAUGCCUAGCCAUGUUUCUCUGGAGGCUCAGGACCUGAUCCACCAGCUGCUGCAGAGGGACCCCGCCCAUCGGCCCAGCCUGUCUGCAGUGCUGGACCACCCGUUCAUGACCCAAAGCCUGCUGGUCCGGACCAAGGAUCAGGGGUUGGUGGAUGAUUGUUCCAUGGACAGCGGCAUUGCCACCAUCUCCACAGCCUGCACCUCCUCCAUUUCAGCCAGCACCAGCAGCCGCCUCCAGAGGAGAACCAGGAACAUGAUUGGCUCUGCCCUGCCGAACAGAAUGGUGCCCAUUUCAACCUUUUCACGCAAACCCACCAGCCCCUGUUUUGAGGAUGGAGACCAGUGGCAGCAGCAGCAUCAAGCGGAUAUAUUUCACAGGGAGGGAAGAAGCAGGGGGGUUCAUGGUGGAGACAGCAGGGAGCCUCACUCCCGCUACCUGAGGAGGGCACACUCCUCAGACCACUCGGGAUCGGGCCAGGGGCCGGGUCACGCCGAGCUGGGGAGAAGCCACUCAGAGGAGAGUCUGACUGGUUUAGGACGACCAGGAUUCCCCUCCUCUCAGCAGCCUUUCUCAGAGCAUGGACAGCUCCCCUCUCCCCCCGUCAAACAGUCGACAAAUUCUGGGUAUUUGUUACCCACACAGACUGCACAUCCACCAAACCUGCAAUUUCAAGACCUGGAUGGAGUUACAAAUUGGCUUAAUAAUGACGGUUCUGGUCAGAGGCCGGCAGACGGCAGCACUCACAGCAGCAGCGGCAGCUUUCAUAGCGGUCGAGGAGCUCUGGGGACUCACAACUCCUGGACCGACAAGCCCAUGGGCCGAGGUGUGAACCACAACCAGCAACACAACCUUCACUCCAACUCUGACUCGUACAGGGAAAAUAUACCAGAGUUCCAGCCUCCUCACAGCAGGGAAGUAAAGCUGCCUUCAGCCAAACCCGGUGUGGUUAAAGAGAAGAAAACGCUGAGAGACAUAAUCCUGCCCCUGUGCGCGUCCAGACUGAAGCCUAUCAGACAGAAGACCAAAAAUGCUGUUGUGAGCGUUCUGGACACAGGUGAAGUGUGUAUGGAGUUGUUAAAAAGCCAUAGCGGUCAAGAAAGGGUCAAAGAAGUCCUCCGGAUUUCCUGUGACGGUUCCAUGGUGACAAUAUACCAGCCUAAUGGUGGAAAGGGGUUUCCUGUCCUGGACUGUCCUCCUGCUCCACCUGAAGAUAUUCUGAUCUGCAGCUACGAGGACCUUCCAGAAAAAUACUGGAAGAAGUACCAAUACGCCUCUAAGUUUGUGCAGCUUGUGAAAUCCAAGACUCCAAAAGUGACCCUUUACACCAAGUACGCAAAAGUCAUGCUGAUGGAGAACGCUCCGAAUGCAGACCUGGAAGUUUGCUUUUAUGAUGGAGCAAAGACCCACAAGACGUCGGAGCUGGUGCGAGUGGUGGAGAAGAGCGGGAAGUCGUACACGGUGAAGGGCGAGGUGGGGCUGAGCGUUUUGAGCCCGGAGAGCAGGGGGUAUGUGGAGCUGUCUGACGAGGGCCACAGCAUUUGUUUGUCCCUGGAGACCGCCAUCUCAGCGGAGGAGCAGCGCAGCACCAAGAAAAUCCCUUUCUUCCCCAUCACUAUUGGCAGGAGACCUGCCAUCCCAGACUCCCAGUGCUCUUCGUCCCUGCCCUCCCACCCGGUGCCUCCUGAUACUGCUUCACCUCCUCAACCUCCGCAAAUCACUCCUUCAAUGAUCUCGUAUGACGGGUCUGAUUUCACCACAGCCAGCCUGAAUAGGAAAACCUCCCCGCUGCGACAGGACACAGGGAAAGUGGUGAAGUCGAUAUUUGUGCCCAAUGUUGGAUGGGCGUCCCAGCUGACGAGUGGAGAGGUGUGGGUGCAGUUCAACGACGGUUCCCAGCUGGUGGUUCAGGCGGGAGUUUCCUGCAUCACCUACACAUCUCCAGAGGGGAGGGUCACCAGGUACAAGGAGAGCGAGAAGUUGCCAGUGCACGUCAAGGAGAAGCUGCACUGUCUCUCCACCAUCCUGGGCCUGCUGACCAACCCCACAGAGCAUCAUUAUAAAUAACAAAACCUCCCAGCAGCAUCAUUAUAAAUAACAAAACCUCCCAGCAGCUGGCAGGGAACAGAACGUAGCAUUAGAAACCUUUUGUACUGUCUUGUGUUCUUGUAAAUAUUUGUAUUGUUUUUUUUUACAUGUACAGAAGACUAUGAUUAUGAAAAGAUAUAUUUUAAUAAGCAACCCUUUUGUCUCUUUUGUCCGUGUUGAAAAAAAGUCCUUAUUUUUUUACUGUGUUCAAUGAAAUGUGCAAACCAUAAACACCGAGUCAAUAAACAUCUGGAGGCUUGGUGGAGAAAUGCU